GAAAUUUCCGGGAGAUGUCGCCUUCGUUAAAAACUUUUUUUUGCAGUAUUGAAAGGAAGAUAAGAUAAAUUAAAAUAACAACUAGAUACCUACAUAAUAAAAACCAAAAAAAUAUUGAAAUAAGUUUUGAUAAUCCCAGACAUAAAACAAUCUUCUCAGUAAAGAUAUUUUCUUAUUAAAAUCACCGGCUUUCCAAGUAAAAAAGUACAAACAAAAAUUAAAAUGGCAGCGAGUUCAUCAAGAAAGCCAACUGGGAAUAAUGAAGAUUUAUCAAACAUCGAAUUUGAAACAAGUGAAGAUGUGGAAGUUGUUCCAACAUUCCAAUCAAUGAAAUUACGUGAAGAACUAUUACGAGGAGUCUACGCAUAUGGUUUCGAAAAACCCUCUGCUAUUCAACAGCGAAGCAUUUUGCCAAUAGUUAAAGGACGCGAUGUAAUUGCACAAGCCCAGUCAGGAACAGGAAAAACAGCUACAUUUUCUAUUGCCAUUUUAGAAAAGCUUGACACCGCUCUACGCGAAACUCAAGUUUUGUGCUUGUCACCAACUCGUGAAUUAGCUGUUCAGAUUCAAAAAGUCAUUCUCGCUUUAGGUGAUUUUAUGAACGUUCAAUGUCACGCUUGCAUUGGAGGCACAAAUCUUGGUGAAGAUAUCAGAAAAUUGGAUUAUGGUCAGCAUGUAGUUAGUGGAACACCAGGGCGAGUCUUUGACAUGAUAAAAAGACGUGUACUUCGAACAAGGGCUAUCAAAAUGUUGGUUUUAGAUGAAGCUGAUGAAAUGCUCAACAAAGGAUUUAAAGAACAAAUUUACGAUGUUUAUCGAUAUUUACCUCCUGCUACUCAAGAGUUUCGAUCAGGACAGACUCGAGUUCUUAUCACAACAGAUGUUUGGGCUAGAGGAAUAGAUGUUCAGCAAGUAUCACUCGUCAUAAACUACGAUUUACCUAACAAUCGUGAAUUAUACAUUCACAGAAUUGGACGUUCAGGAAGGUUCGGUCGUAAAGGUGUUGGAAUUAACUUCGUUAAAUCUGACGAUAUCAGAAUCCUUCGCGAUAUUGAACAAUACUAUUCAACACAAAUUGAUGAAAUGCCAAUGAAUGUAGCCGACUUGGUUUAA